AGUGCUGUCGCGCCAACAUUAUGUUUGACGUGAUGGCAAAGCAGAGUUUGAUGAUACACCUAGUAGGCGAGCUGUGGACUCGGACUGGUGGAUCGCGCACUCUGUGCUUCUUCCAUGAUGUCUAGGCUCCUACAGUUCGUGCUUACCGUCGUGCUCGCCUCUAGUCUAGCUGCUGCGGCACCGGCCGCCAUAUCGGCGUCGGGAUCAAGCGUAGCAUCCGCAGCAGAGCCUAGCGAGACCGUUCCUCUUGCUAGCGAAGACCCGAACGGCAUCGCCUGGAAUACCACGACGGACACAGACCCCCAGCCUAUCCGCGGACAGCUCGGCGGGACUAUCUUGGCCCAGCAGAACAUCCCUCUCCAGGAGCAGAACCCUGAUCUUCUCGCACCGCCUACCACCGACAAUAAUGCAAUUCCGAACGUCAAAUGGCCCUUUAGUCUGAGCCCGAUGCGCCUUUACACCGGUGGUUACGUUCGUCAACAGAAUAUAAAUCAAAUGCCCGUAGCCAGCUCUAUGGCUGGCGCGGAUAUGCGUCUGGAACCGGGAGCUAUCCGUGAACUUCAUUGGCACAGCACCUCUGAGUGGGCAUAUGUCCUCAAAGGCUACACGCAAAUCACCUCGGUAGAUCAAAACGGGCGGAACUUUGUUGGAACUGCGGGACCGGGCGAUCUGUGGUACUUCCCGCCGGGGAUUCCUCACAGUCUGCAAGCGACCAACGAAACGGAGGGCGGUUCAGAAUUCCUUCUCGUGUUCGACAAUGGCGACUUCAGCGAUCAAACUACUUUUUCUCUGAGCGAUUGGCUAGCGCAUACACCGAAGUCAGUAAUAGCCAAGAAUUUUGGUACCUCCCUGUCGGCCUGGGAUAAGAUUCCCGGGGAGCAGCUGUACAUCUUCCCAGGCGAUGGACCACCAUCGCCGGAUGCGACCGCCCCUGAGGAUCCUCAAGGCCAAAUCCCAAAUCCGUUCGUCUAUAAGCUAUCGGAAGUCAAUGCGACGCAGGUUGCCGGUGGUGCGUUCAAGAUCGCAGACUCUAGGAACUUCACAGCGGCAACUACGAUCUCACUUGCUGAAUUUUGGGUUGAGCCUGGAGGAAUGAGAGAGCUGCAUUGGCACCCGACGCAAGACGAAUGGACAUACUACAUCUCUGGUUCUGCUCGUGUGACAGAGUUUGCCACAAGCGCAACGGCUCAGACGUUCAAUUAUGUGGCAGGGGAUAUUGGAUUCGUACCGGCUUCCUAUGGUCACUACGUGGAGAACAUAGGCAACGACACCCUUCACUACCUCGAGAUCUUCAACAGCGACCUUGUGGUGGACGUGAGCUUGAACCAGUGGCUUGCACUCACACCGCCAGAUAUCGUGAAGGAGAACCUGCAGAUCUCUGACGAGACGAUAGCUGGCCUGAGCAAGGUUAAGCCAUACGUCGUAGGUGCUACUGAGGUGUAAUGAUGGGUGUUAGUGGCGUUGUUCCUAGCCCUCAUGCAGCAGAAUUAGCUGUUCAUCUAAUCGCUAGUAUGAAUAUAUUAAAUUUGAGGUACGAGGAUAAAAGCAGCCUUGCUGAAUUCUC